UGUAGCGCUCCAACAACAUCCCCCUCUCUACCAGAAGACCAGAAGAAGAAGGAAAACAGGAAAUUUGUGUUUAAUAUUGUGUGGUGUAUGUUUAUAUGCUUGUUUUGGAUUCACCCACGCAUGCCCUCAAUGAGAAUACUGUGGUUUCUCUCACUGUUUGUUGUUUCCUGAGCGAACCAGAGACAGAACCAAGGACGUUCUUUCGACAUGGCUUAUCGUCAUGGUCGAAGAUCAAUUAGAGAUGUCUAUGAAGAUCACUUUGCACCAAUAGAUGGAAGAGAGGUGACAGUUCGUCGAGUUGUUAAUAUUGUUGACAAGAGGAGCACUGUGCCUCGGCAGGAGCUGGAUUAUGGCCGAGAUUUUCAUGAUGACCAGUGGUACAGUGGUCCUCCAAAUUUCCAGAAUGAAAGAGAAUUCCGUCAAGAUGGCAAUUACCCACAGACCCAUUGUCGAUUUUUUGAGGAAAACCCUAACUUUGGGAAUUUUUGCAGGAAUCCCACACCUCCACGACACGAGGCCCAGUACUCCCAGCCAUACUAUAGCAAUGAUGAUUUGCGUCAUCAGCUAGCGUCAAGGAAAAAUCGCAGAACUCGUCCCUAUUACCGUCAAAGAGGCGCAGAAGCCCCUGGUUCGAAGUCAACAUCAGAUAGAAAACUCAAAGAAGGCUACAGGAUCUCUGCGCCUGUAACAUUCAAGCGGGAUCACUCUCCUGUAAAAGGGGAAGCCCAGCCCUCUGGCUGCUCUGGGUUGAACACCAACAGCAAGUUCUCUCCUAACAGGGACAAAGUCACUUAUCAGCAGGCCCAACAGAUUAAGCCCAAUCUGUUGACAAGCCAGACUCCCAGCAGCUCUGUGGAAGCUUCCCCUCACAGUUCAGCAUCCUCAAAGGAAAAACCUCCUGCAUCUGUAGUGGCGUCAGAGGAGGUGGUGACUGCCAGCAUGGAGCCAAAGCCGACACCAGAUGAAGUCUUCAAGGCUCGCCGCUCGGAGGCCAUUAGGGUGAAGGCUCUGGAAAUUGAGAAGGAUUACAGGAAGGACUGUGAGACAUUUCGCACAGUGGUGAAGAUGUUGGUAGUCAAGGAGCCCACUUUGGAGGAUCUGCUGCAGGCCCCGUUGCAUAAGAACCUGCUGGAGCUCAAAGAGCGCUGCCUAGAUUCCCUCAGGCAUUUUGUCAAGGAGCUCGACGAAGUGUUAGAGCAGCCGGACAGCAGCUCAACGCAGGCCACAGGUCACAACGUGCUGCCAUGAUUCUAUUCUAUUUUACUUCUAAAGGCGGAAAAAUGAAAAAGUGACGACGAAUUAUUUACCUGUUUCAAUUUGUCGUGUCUUGUCUCAGUCACAAGAUAUUUAUAUGUUCUAUAAGCAAAGUCGGGUUAUCAGCCCUGGCCGUAGUUCCACUGCCAUGGGCAUAAAUAAUACUGAAGACACAAUCAUUGAUUCAUUAUAACAAAAUACCUUCAGUAUUAUGAAUAAAACCAUAAUAAUAGAGGACCAUGUGGAACGAAACGUCCAUGAUGCCAUUUUUAUGAAAAGCUGCAGCCAAUUUGUAAGUCAUGCUUUUAUUAUCUAAAUAUUAUUACAUGUAGUUAUUUCUAUUUCAAAGCAAGGUUGGAUUUUGUUUGGUUGAAAGUGACUGAACCCAAUAACAAAUCCAUUGUGACACAACCAUGUAGUCUUACUAAUUUAAUGUAUUGUGCAACUAUUAUAAAAACUAUGUGUAAACCAACCAGUAUCAAAGGGCAUAACUCUCAAAGUUUUUCAGUACAGAACUACUCUAUAAAGUAUCACACUUUUGUCUUAUUUAGCGUUGUAACCAAAUAGCUUCUAAAUAUAUUCUGGUGUAUUUCUGUAAAUAAAAACUGAGGUGAUUUAUCCUGAACUUUA